AUGAACCAUCGACCUGUAGGCCACCAAGGUCCAUGCGCCUCGCAAGACCCACACAGACCGCCCCUGUACAGGGAGGAGGAGCAGCAGCGGACAACGCCCAUUGCUCCGACUCUCAUGUCUUCCGCGUCUCUUGCAUCAUCGAUGACAGUGGACGAGCAUAACACCGCUCACAUCGGUACCUGCACUGUCUCCUCACGGUCCCGCGGAGCCACCAGUGGCUUGAACGUCUUGUCACGCAUGGUAAUGCACGCAACCCACGCCACGGCUCCGUGGCCCCGUGUGCGACAGCCGAACCGCAUCCAAGCGCCGCCGCGUCUUGCACCGUUAUCGGAAGAGCCGAUUGUAGAGCGAGGGUUUGCUCCACAGCCUACUGCUCCUGCGCCCUUCGCACUCGCUGAGCCGUCUAAGGAGACUCUUCGCACCCGUCGACGCAUGUACGCUGCCGCGGGUGCUGGUACGGCAUGCAUAUGUUCGGCGCGCUCUGCCCUUCCCCUCCUGCCCCUUUCUGCUGCAGUGCAGGCUACUCAGUGGGUUACGCCAGAGCCGGUUUGGCGGCGCAGCAAGCCGCUCACUCGGCUGCCUGUCACCACACUGGGGCAGGCACCAAACGACGAAGUUGCCAGUGCCAGCGACGUCGUGGUCGUCUUCUCUGGCAUUGGCACGUUGAACAAGGAAACGAAUGGCUUGGGGGGCACAGAGGCAUUAGUGCAGUCCACAGCCGCGAAACCUACAAGGGACGUCAAAUCGGCCGCGCGCCAUGUCGACUACAGAGGAACCGCUGCGCAGACGGAGCGCAUGGACAGCCCCUUCACCGUGAAGAUCGCUACAGAGAGGAGCCCGGUGACCUCACCCGCUGCUCUAGCGGCUCCGGUGGGGCCUUCACGAGGGGCGUCUGCGCUAUCGAGCAAGGAGACGGAUGAGCUGGUGGGCGCACCAGUGAGCAAUGUCGGGGUGGUCAAGACUUGCGAAGAAGACGCUGUGGAUGUCUCCACGUCGUCGUCAUGGACACCGUCUUCCUCCUUACACCGCAGCAACUGCGAUGCUCACAGCAACGGGGACAGCGCGCUGUGGGCCCAUGAGGCGCCUCAGCAGCCGGACUACGCUAACAAGCACCAACUUCCUGCCAUCUUCUCGCAGCUAGUUCAGGAUUUGCUGGCAGAGGGGCCGAGGGCUGAUGUGGAGGGCGAUGAUGACUCUCUGGAGGAAUGGAUACAUUCGUGGUUCGCAAAACAAUGCGCAACCCAACCGCCGCUGCUGCUGCACCUUCACUCCGUGAAGCACGUGCGUGGGCUUGACGAAGCUGCCGUUGGAGCUGCCGUGGCUGAGGCCUGCAAGUGUGGUGAAGGAAGCUCGGACUACGUUGAACCACGAGAGAAGCUGGCGGUAGCUGAGAAGGUAGGCGGCACUGCUCGAGCCGGGUCUGCCGCGCAUCCCGCUGGUGGUCCUUCUACCACCAGCAGUGCUGUUGAAGUUGCUGUUACGACUACGGCAAAGCCGGCGUCCGCAUCGUUGUUCCAGUCGCCGCCGCACCAGUACGUACCGCUGACAGUCGAAUACAUCCGAAGUGAUCUGCAAAGUCGCACCACCAGUGGCGCAUCGCAACACGCAACCUCACCGCACAAGGUGCCGCCGACACAACCGCCUCCAGUAUCGCCAGUCACUCUGCACUCUGCUUGUGCUAGCAGCACCUCACAUCUUCCGUCACAUACUGCAGCAGACGGCAGCGGGGACCUCCUCGUAGCUGUAGGGGGACUUCCUUCAUCACCUCAGCAGCAGCAGCAGCAGCAACCGCAGACAGCGAAGCCUCUGUCUGGUGCCCCGCAUUUGCCAGUCCCGCCGUCUGCGCGCUCCAUGUCAUCGCGGCAAAACCUCGUCGUUGCCGCAGCUCUUGCCGGCGUCAGCGAGGGUGACAAGAACGCCGGCGGCAUACGACCGAAGCUGGCCACAACGGCGUACGCGGUAUUUGCCCAUUCCUCCCCAUCCUCGGCACCAAAGGAAGCAGCGCACCCGCAUAAGUAA